AUGGAUGGGGCUUCAUACCAAGCUUUCAACGUUGUUCAAAAUACUCUCUCCGCGUCGGGAAUUUUGCAAAGCAGAAUCUUCAAAGCAGUGGCUGACGAAGUAGAGCAGUUUCAAUCAACUUUGGUGUCGAUUUCACAAAAUCACUUUGAGGUCUGCCUUUUGCGAGCAGAAUUUUUUUUUAGAGAUUUCAGCAUAAAAUUGUGUGAAGUGGAUAGCUUGUAAAUAAGGUUAUUAAAAAAAAAAUAAAAAUUGGAUGGAUCAUGAAACAUGAACUUUUGAAAUCUCAAUGAUCAGAUUUCGGAAAUUCAGGCAUGAUAAUGUUCAAAUUCACAGAAGAAUCGGGGUCAGGUAAUAAAAGUAUGCAAAUAAUUGAUCUCAAAAUGGAUCAGUAUAGUAUAAUAAUAUGUAUAUUCACUGUCAUUGCUUCAGCACUAUCGAAACUAUACCGAUGGUAUACCGCAGAGGUGGAGGAUGGCUGCCCACUGGCCGCCCUGCCUGCCAAGCCAUAAACGCCCAAAAGCAGAAAUGACUUUUUCAAUAGUAAGUCAAUGAAUCAUUUCUAUCGCUUGGCCCAAUGGCUUGGCUUGGCCGCCAAGCCAAGGGCUGCCUUCCCAAUCCUCCACCUCUGGUAUACCGAAAGUCGCUCGUGUUUUUUUUCUGGAACCAUGCAAGGUAUACUCGUGGUAACAUCGUUAGCAUUCAGAAACGUCGAAAGACUAUUCCUUAAUUUUAGUUUCACGAUAACUAUGUCUGAUCUGUGUUGCAAAGAAAUAUGAGCCUUAAAACAAUAGAAAAAACGUCUCAAACAUUUCAAACUUGAAAAAAAAAUGGAAAAAAAACGGCCGAACUGACAGACUUUUCCAACACGCCUUUCUCGUAUUUGCGAAAUCAUUUUGAAAACUUAACGUCAUUCAAAAAAAGCCGAAAUUGCUAUGAACGCGCCAUUUAUAACAUGCGUGCACUUUUUCAACUUUAAAAGCGGUGUCGAAGUGCAUGAAGUCUGAUGAACCAUGUAGUCGAUAUAUUUGUGCUUGCUUUUUCUAGUAUGGAAUUUUUUUAAACUAAAACGAAAAAUUAUAAAAAAACUCAAUUUUAAUUCCCUCUUGAAAUUAUUUUUCAAAUUUGAAGCGCUCUUUUAAAUCAAUAAACCUUUUAAUUUCUAAAUUACAAGUGUGAUUCUGAGGCGGAAAUUUUUUUUAAAGAAACCCGCAGAAGACGCCGGAAAACGCUCACAACAAGCUGAAUGUGAUUCUCAUCAGCCCGUCAAAAACAAUAUUGAUGAAGUUAUCUGCGAUUUGAUUACAAAUUCGUCGAGAUUGUUGUUUGCAAAAAGGAUGCCAUGCUCCGGAAUGAAUUUUUCACGUGCAUUUUCCUAUUCAACACUCGUGUACACCCCGUUCCAUGAACUCUUUUCAUACUUAUCAAUUUUUAAGACAGUUAACUUUAGGUCAUUUGUUUAAUCUAGUUGAGCUGUUCGGUCGAUGGGACAGCUCGAUGAAACUUCGCGUGAUACAAGUUUACAAUUGGCGACAUAUCUCAUCAGCAGUGAGGAAACGUUCGAGAAUGACGAAGUUGCAACAUUGAUUUGGAAGAUAUUCAAAGUAAAAGAUUGUGAGUUUUUUUGAAAAAGAAGGAAAAGUUAUGAAACUGACUAGUGAGUCGAACCGGAAUUUUCGAAAAUAUCAUGCGGUUCCUCAGUUGGUUUACAAACACGCAAGAUAAACCGCGAUAUAGCGAUAACGAUUGGAAAGUUUUAGUUAGAUGUUCAAAAAAAUUCAAAUAUCUAUUGAAACGAUUGGUAAAAAGUCGAAUUAAAUUUAAAUAUUCUUAAAAGCUCUUCCAAAGCAAAUUUGAAACCUACCUCGUAAUAGGUUAUAUUAAAGAGGUCGUUUAAAUCUACCAAGUGUCUCUUGUGUUGUGAGUCCACAUGUUUCAAAAAGAAAAUAUUAGCAGUAAAUUAAACGAGAAACACUUAGUCUUAUUGGAAAAUAUUUUUUCAUGAUUUUAACAACCGAAAUCGACCACACAUUCUAGAAAAUAUUCCUUUUAUUUUAUUUAUGCGAUUUCUGCAUAUUGUCGAAAUGAAUCUGUGAAGCGACUAUAGAAAUAUUUCCGGGAAAGUGCAUAUUACAUGGAACUUAGACUUACACUCACUUACUGUCCUCUUUUUUUUCAGAUGAACACAAAGAUGUGCCAAUAGUUUUGAGAGCCGGCGAUCUUCUUUUGAGUCGCUUGGAAAGCACUCCACUCCAUUUUCUCUCUACGAGUGAACUUGCUAAUCUUAUAUUCGUCAUUUGUGGAUCAGAAGUUUCUGAUCAGUCUCUAUUGAAAAAAUGGGCCAGAGCAGAAUGGAAAGAAGCCGGUGGAGAGAUUCUGGUUUCAACGAGUGGAAAGAAUGCGAAUGUUGACGUAAUUUAUUCUCCUUCUUAUUUAAAAGUUAAAGUAUCCAUUUCAAGACUGUUCAAAAUGGGAAAAAAAAUUAGACAAAACUCUUUCAAAUAGUAUUUUGUUAUUUCAGAAGCAGCUUCGACGAAUUUCACACAAAUACGUAGUGAAAAAAGGACUGCUUGCCAGAUUUUUUGCCUCUGUUUGGAGAACUGAUUUGGCCGAAACGUCGAGAAAGUUUCGUAUGAAAGCGUUCGAACAGAUAUCCAUUACAUGGUUUAUUUUUACAUGAAAUUUAAUGUUGAAAUAACUAAAAUUUUAGUGAUAAGGAAGCUUUGGAUAGCGCAGAAGCUGUGUUGAAAAUGGACUGGGAUGAUGCUUUUUCGGAGCUGAACUCCGAGAUAGCGCAACAACUAUGCUUUUGUUCCUUCGCUAAUCUUGCGAAGUUUGUGAUUCGAACGAACGUUAUAGAAACUCUUUUCAGAGCUCUUGAGAAUCAUCAGGAAUCUCAAAAAAGCGAUGCUUUGGAUAGCGCUUUAAAUUUGCAUGAAGAGUUGAUGCGCCUACUUUAUCCGGUCCUUUCUCAAAUGGUCGAAGUCAAAGAGAACUUUUCCAAAGCAAUAACUCAUGUGCUCUCGAUGGCGAGUUCUUCUUUUGUAAACUUUCUUAUUUUGGAAAAGUUAUAGACGAACGACUCAAAGAUUCUGUUUCACUUGCUGUCGUGUUUGAUGGAAGCGUGUAGCUGGAUGGAAUGGAGCGACGAAUAUUUGUGUCUCAAAAAUGGUCAUCUUCUCUGGCAGAAGUUAUUCGUCCUCCUUGAUCAUCUUCUGGAACUAACUGUAAAAAAUUCUGCUAAUGAAUUGCAAACCAACGAGAAAAACAGACUUUGUGCACUGGCUUCUCCAGAAGAAGGUUUUACUUUACUCAGAUUUUAUGUCGAAGUUUUGGUUCAGACGAUUCUGGAAAAGAAGAAGAUAACAUUUUGAACAAGUUGUUUGGGGAAACGUCAGAUGCAAUUACGAAAAAGAAAACCGAGGUGGAAACGGAUUUGGUCAAGGUAAAAAAAAUGACAUUCUCAAUUUCUAAUGUAGAUUUAGCCUGAAAAAAGCAUUCUCUUCAUUUUGAAAAGUCUCGUCUACUCACGAAACUGCGAGGAAAACGUGUCAAGACUUCUCGUUGACUACUAUCCUAAGGUCUCUCCCUAUUCUUCGAGUAAAAAAACGUUCAUUUUCAGAUGUUGGUGGCGGGUGCUCAUAAAGAAAUUUCGCAGUCUGUAAGAGGAAUCUAUGAGAAGCUGGUUAAAAAAGGCGUUAUUUCUAUGAAUAUGCAGGUUAAUUUCUUUCAAUCUGGAUCCUGAAAAUGUUUCAUCUUCAGUUGAACAUAGCAACCACUAUGCUGGAAAAAUCAGAUCCCGCUUCAUUGAAAAUUCUGGAAGUGAUAGUUUUUGCUGCCUCUCCAAAGCUCGCCGCUCAGAUUUCGAAUAAAUACUUCUCGAAUCUAUGUCGCCGCCUACAUUCUGCCGAUUUCCCUGAGUCUCUUCUUAUUUUUUUUUUUUCCAUGAAAUUCAUCUUUUCACUUGAAGAAACAACCGGAGCCAUCUUAUUUGUGCGCAAAACUUAUUGACGCACCUGAAAGAAAAAGAAGCUGUGGAAAUUGUUAUAGCUUCUAUCUGCGCUUUCAACGAACAUUCAGCCAAGGAUGAAGGGUAAAAAACAAAUAAAAAAUUACCAUAAAUGCUUUUAAAUUGCACCCGUUUUAGUUCAAACUGUUUGGGAAGCAUCGCUCUUCUGAUCGAAAUAAUUUUGACAAAUGGAACGAGUGUUGGAAGUCCUCUUGAAAAGGAAAAUUUUCUCAGUUUUCGAGGUAUCCGCAAGAUCGACAACUGAUUUCAACCUCUCAGACGCUCCUUGGACUUUGAACUUCGCUGCACUUGGGAUUUCAUUGGCGCAAUGGGACGAUUUCAUGCAGAACUUUUCGAAAGUUCAAGUCGACAAAUGCGAUUUCCAUUCUUCUCUUCCUUUGCUGAGCUAUCGACAGUUGAGAUUGUCCGAUGACAUUCAGUUUUCGGAGGAGGUUUACGUCUGUAGGACGAUCCCUCACUUGCAAAACGAGGGAAAAGAUUUCUUUUUGGUGGGUUCUUUUUGAUAUCGCAUUUGUAUUGGAAAAACCGUUUCAGAAAUUUUUUGAAGGAGAGACAGAAAUGAUUGAUGCAUUUAUGAAGUUUCUGACGCCGGAAUCUAUUGAAAAUCACACAGCCCAUCUGUUGAAUAGCUUUGCGACACUUGUUAAAAAAGUUUUUUUCGGUUGGUCAUCCUGUACUAGAAGAUGUUUAAGGACGAAUGGAGGCCAUUUGUUUUUCAAUUCGAAAAAUGUUUGAACGUGAUUAGCGAGCUUCCGUUGAACGUCGGUAUGGACAAUCUCAAGACCGCGAUGAGAUAUUUGAGCACUACGAUUUCUAUGGCUAACAUGUGAGUGAGAAUAGCGCUCCUUCAACGAUUCUGAUCCACAGUGCCGACCUCUUUCCCGAAGACGAUAUCAACCGUUUGGUCUAUCUAUGUAGGAUCUGGCGGUCCAGCCUGCUCAACGAUUUGCCAUCGACACGCUCGAAAUUAAUCGGCAAUUACAUUUUGCCAAAAUGCAGUCUGCAAUUCGAGCGAUCCAAAGGCGGAGACGCUCCGCUGACCAAGAAGGUAGAUUCGUCCACACUGGGAUACACUUCAUUAGAGGUUCUCAAAGCGUUUUGUUUUCCAUUUCGAUUACAUUUCUUACAGGCACGCCAUUUCGAAAAAAAUCCGUCUAAAGGAGUGGACAAGAGAUACGCGGCUCUGCAGAAUGUGUUAUCUCAAUUGUGCAGUUGUUUGACCAGCAUCUUCGUUGCGUUCGUUUUCUGUACGAUUCAAAGGAUAUUAAAAGAUCUUCAGAAAGAGCCCAGGUGAUCUUGAAUUGGCCGACUGGGCUCAGGACGUUUCCAGCAGUACGCUAUUCCCACCUCAAGUUUCGCUGAAUUCUGGAAUUCAUUUGAAAAAAGUUUGCUUCUUAAAAAAACUUGAAACAGUGUCGGGCGUUUAGAUAAUGGGUUCGGAUGUGGCUAUGCAGAUGCAAAGAAUAUGCGUUCUGAACAUAGCUCUACUAGGCGCAUGCUACAACUGCCCAGUGCAAAAAUAUGAAGCAAUGUAAUUCAUUUUUCAGAAACUUGUCAUUUUGACCGGUUUUAGAGCGCUAAACGAAUAUUUUUCGAAAAUUUACCUGGAACUUCUGGCAAAGUACUCUAAAAAGACUUCGGUAUGGCUACUUUUAUUCAUUCCUAGGACUUCUCGUUCACUGUAACAUUUUCAGACGGAUGGUGAUUCAAUAGGGAAACUACAAGAGGUCAUGGAAAUUUGUUCAAAAGAAAACUCGACUUUCGCUUUGCCGGAGUCGCUGAUCACUGGGUUAUACGAGAUUAUUCAAGACAAAAGUGAGCAUUCUCUCCGUUUUCAUCUAUGAAAGAAACGACGUUAGACUCGAACUAUCUGACGGAAGUUGUCAAGAAGCACUUCACCAGAAAUAUCAGCCUUCUCGUUAUGUGGCUCACAAACGCCCGUUGUCCACUGAAACUUUUUGUCGCGUUCAUUCCAACUCUUUCCCACAUCGCUACAUUGGUAAAGUACAAUGUCUCAUAUUUAUCUAUCAUAUUUUUCAGAUUGACAAGAAAACUUUCUCAACGACUCUCACCGAAGCGAUUGAUGUCAUAUUCCCUCUGGACUUUGCCGCGGUCAUGUCUCGGAACGACAGCGCCAAAGUUCAAUGGACGGAGAAACGAGCCAUGUCAGCCCUCAACUUUUGCUCCGACGACCAAUGUCCGUUUUUCAUCUCAUAUUUUAAUAUCAAAAAGUAUACAGCAUCCCCGAACUCGGAUUUUCAAAAAGAGCAAUCUCUCGUCAGAAGGGCGCUCACUUUUUUCAGUCAACACGGUAAUCAGCAGCUGGAUCACAAGGUUUUUCUUGUCCGAAUAGAAAAAAAAACGCGGUUAUAAUUUUAAAGAAAUCAUCCAGUUAUUUGUGAACGAAUGAGUUAUAAUAUUUAAUCAGUCGUACGAAAAAAAUUCAGUUAGAAAAAUACUUCAGUUUUACACCAAAACUAAAUUAGAAAUUUCUGUAUUUGUUUUUGGGGCAUUCUUUCCCUCUUUUUUUGCACAUUAUUUUCCUCAACUGACAAUGGAGGUUUUUACUUAGCGGUUGGGAUUUUCCUGAAAAUUGGACAGGACGCUUCUUGAUGUACCAGAAGACGAUUCUGAAAGCUUCAACCUGCACAAAUGUUUCGUUUUUUAGAAAAGACGCCUAUAUGUUGAACCCUCGAAAUCUAUCAAAAUAGGCUUUUUUGGGGCUUUAGGCCCUUAUUUCUCGUGAAGUAGAGAGUUGUGCAAGUAGAGACUUUCAGAAUCUUCAGCUGGUACACCAAGGUUCUGGCUUGUUUUCAAGAGGUUCUUUAAGCGUAAAAUAAAAUGACCUUCCCUGUGAGGGGUAAAAUUAGAAUAUGAGCUCAAGUCAGCGCUGAAAAGCAAAAUUACAGAUAAUCGAAAAGACAUGCAGUUUGAUAAAUACGGGUUUCAAAUCGAUAGGAGACCACGUCAACAUUCUUUCUGGAAAAAGAGACGAUGGCUUGGUGAGUGAAUGAGAAACUUCUCGAAGACGCUUCUACAGAACCAGGAAGUUCUAUUCGAUGUCGUUCUGCUUACGGAGCUCUUGACGUACUGCGUGGAAGUGAGCAAGCAAGUGGGAAAAGCACGGCCCGCUGCCGAGGACAUGUACAGUUCGGAUGCAGAGGACAACAAGGUGUUUGGAUCCCUUUUUUCGGAAAACAUCGGUUCUUGAAGGAGAAGGAAACCGAUGAAUCUGUGGCUGCCGUCAAAUUGGAAAACCAGGCGAACUCCAAGAACUUUCUUUGCACCUACACUUCUACGGAACAAGGUAGUCCCGAUCUACUGAUUUUAUCAGUUUUUUCGUUAUACUCAGUUUUAGAGUUUAUCAAUCAGCAUUGGUACAACUGCUACACUUGUUCCAUGGUCGAUACGAUGGGCGUUUGUAGCGUUUGCGCAGUGAAUUGCCAUCGCGGUCAUGACCUGUCCUACAGGUACUCUAUUCUAUUUAUAAUUUUUUCUCCCUUCUUCCUAAAGUUUUCUUGGUGAAUCUUGUUGAUCUUUUCCAUAUUUUGGUUCCAGCAAAGAAGGAUCUUUUUUCUGUGAUUGUGGAGCUGGUAAGUGCGCGUCUUUGGUCUCCACAAAGUAUGCUCCGAAUGUUCGCGACGCCGUUCGUGGACGUCCUUUGCUGGCUAUUGUAAGCUCUUUCUAAUUGCAAUGGGAAAAAUGCUCAAAUCAGCCGAAAUCGACGCCAUCCCCUGUAAGUAGCAGUGUUUAUAGCCUUCAACACGAAAUAAACGAGUACGGCCACUUUUUGGAAGAUCUGGUUUGCAAAAUUGUUUCUUUUUUUAAAAACUUUCGGCUUCAGAACAACUUGAACAUACAGCUGAGAUCCAUGAGAGAUUCGCUCUCAACCUUCUUCCAAGGCGUCACUGAAGCAAAUGAAUUGUUGUGGGCGUUGGACGACAGAAGAAGGGCUGUUUUGGAAAGUUUCUCGAACGGGAGCGCAGUCAGUCUCAUCACGGACACUCCUCUGAUGGUAGGAUUGAUCCGGUUUUCCAAUUUGAAGAGACAUUUGUUAUCGCAACAGGAGAGCUUCAACGACAGCCGAGAGAACAACUUGAUUCCCUGCAGAAGAAUGCCGGAAGCGAACUCUGACAGGCUCAAGAACAGGGACAUGGCUGAUGUUCUUCGUUUUGGUGAGAAUGGAACCAAAAAGAUUUAAAUUAUUUCAUUUUCUCUUUUCGACUGUUCAAAAGCUAUUAUAAAAUCAAAAAGCGUUGCUAAGAAAAUUGAAGUGCUUACAAGGAAGGUCAUUUUACUUCCCGGUCGAGAACUUUUUGAAACUUGGUUUCCUUGACGCACCAAGUUGAGUUCCUGAAUGUCCCAACCUGCAUACCCAUCUAGUUUUUGAAAAAUGAAGGCUCAAAGUCCCGAAAAAAAAGCUCAUUUUAACGGACUUUGAGGGUUUUCUCCGUCUUUAGGGACUUCUUUUUCGAAAACUAAGAAUUUGUGAUACUUUCAGGAUCUUGAUCUAAUAGAUCAAGGAGUGUUCUGUUAGUAGGUGACUUUCAUCAGCAUUUUACUUCUUCCAUAUAACUAAUAACAAGCUAAAAUAACUCAUAUCAAAAUAAAUGGUCGGCAACUUCAAAACUUCGCCGCACAUCUUUGAACAACACUACUGAAGUGAUAAGCUCUGUUAAGAAAACGAGAUGGAACUUUGGGUUGUGUUGCCAGACCACACUCAGAACAACUUACUGAUGUAUUUCAUUGACUCGCGCGCUGGUAUCGUUGACGGUUUUGCAAAUGCGGUAAAAAGCUUACUUGUCGAAAUCCUGAUUUCCCCAUCUGCAGAGACAAGAAUCAGAAACCAUUCCUUUCGUUGGGAAACGCGUGGAGGCGCGUGGAGAUCGGGUGGUCGUCUGUGGAGUGACUGACGUCUUCGUUUUGCGUUUCUCGAAUGAAGGAGAGAUCAUUGAUAGGCUGUACAUGAAGAUAUCGGACAACGGUCUAGCUACACAGCUCACUCAGAACAAUCCAAUCGUCAAGGUGAACGAAGAGUCACAACAUAGGCAAAGUCGGAAAGGGCGCAAAAAGGCUCCUUUUUUUGCUGCCUCUCCCUUUUCAACCUUUAUUGGGUCUUAAAAAUCCCAGAAAAAAGGGACUCUUUUUGCUGCCUUUUUUGCGGCCUUUUUUGAGCCUCUCCUUUUUAGCGGUCAUUAUUCACCAUUCCGACUUUGCCCAAAAAUUUUUGUUAUUUGUCGCUCAUCAGCUCUUUUUUUAUAGGCAACUUGGAUGAACGGCACCGACAACAGUCUGCUUCUGGCUGUUGCGACAAUACAGUUUGUUCGGAUUUACGACCUCGGCCAGGAUGCCGAUCGAUUUGUUGAAGAGCUCGUCUUGCCUCUCGGUAGUUCUUCUUCCAUUCUAAAAGUUCUCACUACUCAUUUUGAUUCAGGAAAUGUCGAAGACAUUUGUUUGUUCUUGCACAAUGGGGUUGUUCUUCUCCUCGUCCUGAGCACUUCUGGAUACCUCUACGAGCACAAGGUGGAGUGGAAACUCUUCAAAGCACAUCUUCGAUUUUUCAGCUAGCCUUCCCAAGAGCAGACAACAGUUCUUUCUUUUUAACCAACACCGUCAAUUCGAACAUGCUCAGCAGUCAAGGAAACAGUGGAGUGUGUGCUGGAGUGUGAGAUACUUCCAUCUGUUUCGAAGUCAUUCCCCUCUUUCAGCUCCUUGUUUUAUUCGAAAACCUUCAACAUGGUCUUUUUAUCAACGGAAAAGGGAGCUUUCUUUGCGAAUUUGAGCGAAGACAACAGCACCGGAAGUUGGAAUUGGAGAGAGUAAUGACGAUUCGUAAGAUUAAAUCUAUGGAAAAGUCGCAGGCUCGGAAUGAAUGCGCCGGUGACUGCAUGGCGAGAAUCUUCGGGCGUGAUUUCGGCUCUAUCUUAUCCGAAUUCCAACAGCAUUCACUACAUUUAUCUUUCUUGCGGCCAAAUCUUGCACCAGGUGAACCGCGUUGAGUCGUAACUUGAACUUCUUUCGUUUUUAGCUCAUUCCUCUGGGCCGACAAGCAAUAGGUCAUGUUUCGGUCACAAGCGCUAGUGGAGAAUCAAUGUACUCCGUUGUCCUGUACUGUGACUCUCCGACUGUUCAGCUAUUCCAACUGUACUGCGAAGAGACUUUCAGAAAAAAAAAGCAAUUUCAAUAAUUGCAGCCUUUGGUCAAACAAACACGAUCUCUGGAUAGAUGGCGAGAGAAAAGAGAAAAAAAUUGUUGAAGUUGUCAGGAAGUGUUCUGAACCUAAAGAGCUUCCAGAAGAAGAUUUAGUUUUGGUUUGGAACUGAUUUUUCCCCCUCCAUACAUGCUUUUUUGUAGCUAAAUGAAAACUGCAAGCCUAUCGAACGCAUCGAAUGGCGGAGUAAAGAACUGUCCGCAUUCUAUGAGCAGUCCGACCUCAACACUCGCCUAAGCACCGUUUCGAGUAUGCCGAUAAAUGCCGUGAAUGUGAGUCGCCAAUUUUUUAAAUAUAAAUUUGGAUAUGUAACAUUAUUUCUACACCAAUUUUUCUGCCUUUCCAUCAACUAGAAAAGUUUCAAUUUUCAGAAGUUCUUUUUUUUCAAAUAUUUUGAGAACGGUUCCUCAGUUUAGAACUUGUACAUUCCACAGUGGAAACAUGAUUUUAUUUUUGAUUUUGAAAGAGCGUUUUGGGAAAGGAAUCAUACUAUUAGAAUAAUAGAGUAGUUUGAGAGUUUCGUCGAAAUUUCAGGAAUGACUAUCAUAGUAGGAUCGUUUUUCUAGGAAAAGGCUCAAAUUUUCUUUUUCAAACUCAACAGAAGAGAAAAGCUGUGCCUAAAAGAACUUCCAUGCAUAAACUUGUGACAACUCCUUGUAACUUUUUUCAUCAAGAUGGAACGCAUCAAGUUGACCGCAAGAGUUUUGGACACCCGGUUCGUCGUAAGAGCGUUGCGAAUGGAAGUUCCAGCAGAGAGAGGACCAGCGGAGGUUUUUUUCCGCGUCUGCCAGACCGACUGAUAUUUCUUUUCAGUUGAAAAUAGCAGGAAAGGUCUACACCGUCAGUACCCCCGUCCCACGAAUUUUCGACAUUCGUUUGACCCGAGCUCAAUCUUAUUCAUUGUAAAAAUUUCACAAUACUUUGAACGAAUUUCAGACCUUUGAUUUUCAGGAAUCCUCGAGAAAUCGAUGUUGAACUACGUUGUCGCAAUGGACAGCAGAGCUUGACGAUCACCUCUUUGCGACUGUUAGGAGCUAAUUGCAACGAAAUGGACGAGGCGCAGCCUCACAUUUCCUACCAACCUUCCCUUUUACUCCCGCAUCGCCUCGUCCUCUCUGUGCUCGAUACUUUCACCCAGUUUGCCACGAUUGGAUUGACUACCGAAGUGGGAUAAUCACCUGCAGACCAUUCCAACAUUCAUCUUCAGGCCGAUCAUGUUUGGCUCCACGAUGUGUGUCAGAGUCACCUCGAGUUGCGCAACAAUCAUUUUGAAGUCGUGGAAGCGGCUGCAUCUUUGCUCAAAACCAUUCAUCUGGAGGAUACAGUCAAAUGCUACGAAACCAAAGACAAACUCCUCGUCAAGCAGCUUUUCUGGCUUUCCCACCUGGACACCGUGCGAUCUACAAGCCAGAAGUCGCGCUUACAGUUGCUUGAAAGACUUUUGCCACGGCUAAAACGCUGUCUUUUGUCACGAUGGAAGAUGUUCUGGGAAAUUGUUCGAUCCUGUAAGUUUCCGCCCGAAGACGUGUACGAUGUGAUAAAUCCUUUUGAGAUUUUCUGGACGACAUGGCUUUGGUUACAUUUUUGUGCGAUCAGUUGAAGUCCUUCACAUCAACAACGGCGAUCAAAAUGGUGGAGAUGAUAACAGCUAUCGUUUUCGGGCUUCUCGCGCAACAGUCCUCUCAAAGUGUUGAAAUAACGAAGACUUACCUGGACCUUUACACCAACGAUGAGGUUUCUCAUUGAAAAAAUAAAGAAACAAAGGCAAUGUUUUAGACUUACCGACAUGCUGCAGUUCUUCGUAAUAUGGCACAAAACCUUCUUUACAAGUUUGCCGUCCGGUGUCGCGAUGACAGAAUGUUGUGCCGUCUCUCCAACGAAGAAAAUGGCUUGGUUGUUCUUGAAACUCUCGGUGUUCGACCUUUUUUCAGCAUAUCCAGAGUUUUCAAGUUUCUUUUUUUUCAAUUGUUCAAUCAACACGUUGUAUAUUCAGUUCUACCGAGCAAAAUCCGAUUGAUUUGGCCAAAAUGAACAAGUUGAUGGGAGACAUCGGAGAAGCGGCGAGUGUGUGCAAAAAGGAAAUUUUCGAAUCUGGUGAAAAAUAGUCAAUAGUUCAGGAAUAACGAAAACUUCAGAGUGCUUUUGGAUGGGAGAUUUCCUGAGAGCAGUCUUGGUGAAAGUGCGAGAUGAGGGAGCGAAAAACUCACUGGUUGCCCUAAGUUCGAGCGCAACGUUGGUUUCACUUCCUCUGGUAGUAUUCGAAUGGAAAUUUCAGGUUUCUCGAUACCCCAUCCGCCAGUCUGUCAAACUUCGGAGUCGUUCUUAUGGGUCAGUUCUAUCCUGAAAAGCUUCUGACGGAGGCUUUAUUUCUGGCGGAUAUGAUUCCCAUGGAUAACAAGCUCGGAAAUCUCAACGAGGACAACUAUCGGUAAUUUUUUCUCGAAGUUCCCUACAAAUUAUUUUUUAAGAACGUUCCUUUUGCUGCGAAUGCUGAGCUCUUUGGUUUUGCGUUGGUCCAAUAGCGAGAAAAAAGAGGAAACUGCCACUGGUCGUUUUUUUCCUCUUCUCGAAUAUUGUAAAUACAAAUCACUUUAGAACAGUCAACGAAAUCCGAGGAGACAACUCAAGAAAACGUCAAUCCGUCUGAGAGAAAACCGUCAAACAAACUGCUACAUAAGGUAGGAUGUUCAUUUGAAGCGAAAAAGACACAUUGAAAAGGUUGCCUUUGAACUCGUGGGGAGAGGCUUCAUCGAACGUUGCUUCUCUAUUUUCCAAGAAACAAUCACAUUCUGGAAAACGAAACGACCAGCUCCACACUCUCGCAGAGCUUUAACUCCACUUUUGAAUGGCUCCACUACGGACGCGCAGGAAACUCCUCCACCUAUUGAUAGUUUGCUUUCCGAUUCAACUGUUUUUCGAACUCCUAGUUCCAGGAGUUGUUUCGCCUGCUGCUUUGGAGAACUACAUGGCUUCACUCACGGAUGUUGUUCUCCGACUUCCCCUACAGUUGACCAAGAUAACCGGGGUCCAGCUUGAUCCCAAGUGGCAAGAUCUAUUGUGCGAGGUUGUCUCAGCCCGUUUAAAUAAUCGUUCCCUUUCAUUUGAAGUUGGUCUGCCUUCACAACAUACCCGCUCACAGACAGAGCAAAAAAUUGCUCAUUUCAAUCUGCAAAGGUGAUAAGGUGAAAUACCGCGCCCUGCGAGACAAGUUCCGCAUUCGGUCAAACCUCAAAACGCUCAAGGUUUUUUUCUUUUUCGAGAGAAAUUUUUUGAGGUUGUUCUUGUACAGGCGCACUACAAGCACAGCGGCGGAGCGAGUGGCUAUCAACAACUGACCGAAAUGGUCGAUAUGCUAUCGACGGUGACGACUCACGCCAACGUCCGACCUGAAAUCUGGAGACUGGUCUGCGAGGAGGAGGUUCGUUGGUCAAAAACGGUCAGAAAACUGGUUGACGGCGCAGAUCAAUUGGAUCCUCGACGCAGCUUGUCGAACCACUGAAGUGUUGUCUUGCUCGUUCAUCGACUUGUUGGUGCUGGCCAUCCGCGACACCAGAGCCACUGGAGAAUCUUCGACUCUUUUGGCCGACAAGUGAGCAAGUUUCAGAUUGGCCUCAUUAGAUGAAUCUCGGAAAUCAGGACACUAUAUGCUGAAUAAUCCAUAUUUUAGUUCAUUAUUUCUUUCAGUAUACUGAGAAGGAGCUGAAAAGCUUCUUUUUCAGAGCCUCCGCGGAUCUUUUUUGAACUCUCUCGAAAUCGUUUUAGUUGCUUUCCAUUUUUUUUUUGUUGAAGGACUUUUUUGACAACAGCUUUUGAGGAGCUUUUCCGUCUUGUUCGAGUAGGGAUCAUAUGUCGCCGAUACUAUCUCUUUUUUAAAUGUUUUCCAAAAUUUGCAGAAGGUCUUUCAAGAUAAGAGCUAUUUAAAAAAUUUUUGUACAGCCCUCAAAAAAUCUGCAGCCUUGUUUAACAUUUAUAUUUACUUUUUGGAAGUUAUUUUUCCCAGAAUAAUCGGUCAUCCGGACAACAAUGAAAUGCUGAAACUGAUCACGCUCCGUUAUCUGAUUGGGAAAGAUGAACAGCGGCGCUGGUUGAUCCACGGACUUCUCCGGUCUUUGAUACAGCUGGCGAGCCGUCAGAACCAGGUUUAAGAACGAUUAGAAUGGACAUUUCAACUUUUCUUUGAGACGGCGUUGAUCCGUUGUCUGUACCACGAGGUGUGGCCGCUGGCCCGAACUGUUGGCAUGCACGGCGCCCAGUUGAUCGACCUCAUCUCCGCCUACUCGUCGCGUCUCUUCUCCUCUGCAGAGCUCACUCAAAUGUCCGAGAUGGAACUCGAAGCGAUCAUCGAUAUUUCAGAACGGUGAAUCAUUCAUUGUGGACUGGAGAAUCAUUGUAGAAACUGGUCGUUAAUGAAUGUCUGGCUGAGCUCUAGAAACUCUUUUUGACUGCGGUAGGAGAUAUUUGAAGCAUUGCUUUUUGUAGUGUUUAAUCAGUUUUUUUUUUGCUUUUUUUUUAUAAUCAUGUUUUAGGUUAGUAAGAAUUGGUUUCGACCAGUGAAAAGGAGAAGAAAACCCGGUAAUCCGAAAUUUGAAUGUGAAUAUUUUCUGUGGGAUAGUCUUUCUCAGAAAGCCUAAAAAUUAAUGAGGAAAGCUUUGACGCUCUCGAUGUUCCAAUUAUCAAUCAGCGACACUCCCUAGCUAGGCCUAGAUUGUGCAUCUGAAAAAUUCUCGAAAAUGAUGCUUGAGAAGUAAAAAAAAGCCCAUAAUCGACGUCACUCAACCGUCGAAGGGCCAUCUGUGGUAGUUACCGACUUAUGUCUAUAGAUUUUUGAAGUUUCACCCUGUUUUCUCGAACUUUUCAGAGCAGGCUGAUAUCCUCACUUUAUCACAAGCAAUUUUACUCAACAUUUUUCCUGACAAGGAAAAAAUGAUACUGUCUUAGUUCUUAGCUAAUGUUCACCAGUUCAAGUGAGCGCCAAGGGAAGAAUCAAAAAAAGAACUGGUCGAUCGUCAUUUUUUAUGUAUUUUCGCUAUUCAGUUUUGAAAGAGAGGGUCACGCAGCUCGUUAUCGCCAAAUGAUGGAACUCGGACUCGGCUGGAAAACUAUGCUCUACGCAACGAGUCCAUGUCUCGUCUGUUUCAAUCGCAGGGUUUAUAUUUUGUAGGCUAUUCUAGGCUUCAUGCCUUGUUUUCCAGGGGGCGACAGAAACGCAGAAAAUGAAUUCGAUAAAGCAGGAUUCCCGUUUCUCGUCGACUGCAAUGAUGUACAAGCUGUCAAGCCAUUAUGAAGUCAGCAGGGUGAUGCUCAAGCUGAUGGACGUGAAGAAAAACAAAGCACUGAAACGUGUCAACCUCUACUAUUGUCCGAAGUCUGUGGAAGCUGUUGUCGAACUGAAACUCUGCCCUGAUCUUUGGAGACGUUGCUCCACUACAUUGGUUUGACUCCAUCGGUUCACGAUGAUCUUUUACCUAAUUUUGAAGGUUUCUCCCAACGAUACCGAUAUAACGCUUUCAUUGGCUGUGCCUGUCGUCACUUCCUCUCUGAUUGUCGAGUUUGCCGAAAUAACCGACACGAGACUCUCAUCUGAACUUCAUUGUCCAAGGUGAAGUUUUCUUUUUUUCGCUUGUUUAAAUUUGUUUCUUAACAUUUAAUGUAACACUAACGACUGAAAUUUCCUUGCAAGGCUCAGAAUAUUCUUCGCAUUCUAUAUCUCAGUGAUAUCUUACCCGAAAAGAAAUCACUCAAUAUAUAAAAAGUACGACCCGCUGUAUUAAAGUUUCUCUCUCUACACAAAAAAACUGUUUAUUGCAUCUUCAAUGUAAGAAUACAUGUGCAAUCGACUUUCAUUGAUUUCAACUGUGUUUAAACGGCGGCAGGAGCUGUGGCUUAGGCAGAGAAGUUGUGAAUUUCGCUCGUAGAACAUCAGGUACAAGAGAGGUCGUAGGAAGAAGUACGGUGCCGGCUUUCCAAAGGCCGAUGGCAGAGAUUGAGCCUUUUCGCUGCAUGCAGCUUCCAAUAUUAUCUACCCCGGAGGGAUGAAAGGCUUGGUCGACCUCGGGGGGACUCGAACCUACGACCUUGCGGACGUUAGAAAUGAGUUAUGCCAGCUGAGCUAUGCCGCCCCUCAAAAAUAGCCAUAGAUGUAGAGCCGAAGUUGUAUUUUUAAACACUUUUUGUAUCAAAAAAAGGGUUGAAUCACGUUCUAAGAUGCCCGGAACGACCUCACGAGUAUCUCAAAGAACCAAAAAUUAUACGUUAAAUUUUUUUUUCAUGUUCAGUUUCAGGUGUUCGGCUGUGGUGACGGCGCAGUCCGGUUUGUGUGACAACUGUGGAGAAAACGCCUAUCAGUGCAUAAAAUGCCGUUCCAUAAACUACGACGAGAGGGUAAUAAACAAGAGAAUGGUCGUGAUAUCUGAAUUAAUUGCAGGAACCCUACCUCUGUCAGUCGUGCGGCUUCUGUAAGUACGCGAGGAUCGAGACUUUCGUCGCCUGUCGCCAGCUCCCUGGCGCUCAGCACAUAACGUGCGACUCGGAACGCUCCCAGUGCAUGGAAGAGGUCUCCAAGCUGUUGAUCAACAUCGAAAACACUCGGGCUCAUCUCACAACCCACAUGUCCUUCUGCGAAUCGCUGUGGAUCCGCGCACGACCUCUCGCCGCCCUCAACGUCCAUGUGGAGAACAACUCGGUCGGCGAUUUCUUCGCAGGCGCCGCCGCUUCAACUAUGCCGGCUAAUGCCUCUCAGGUGAAAAUUUCCUUCUUGGGUUUCCCCAUACCUGUUACUUUUUCUUCUUCCUUCUUUCUACGCUUUUGUACUGCUUGAGCGGCAGGCGAUUAACCGAGAUCCUAUCCUGAUAUCAGUGAUAAUCAGUGGACUGGCUCUAGUGACAUAUCCGUCUUUUUUGGGACGGCUGGGGAUCUUCGAAGUCGUAGUUUCCCACUACCAAUAUUUCUUAAACCUCUUGGUUGGGUUGAGGCAAGAGUCAAAACAACUUAAGACCUUGUGGACCGUAGACCUGUUGCGCUACGGCUCGCCCCAUCUUGAAAAAACAUGGGCAGACCUUUUUCCGGAAUUAAAACUAAUACGACCUUUCUGGGGCUAAAAGUUGUAUCAUUGUGGCUAACAGUACCUCCUUGAGGCGGAAAUUUGAUUUUUAUUUCUAAAUUUUGAAAUUCUUGUAAGCCAACCCCUUCUCCCGGGCUCAAUAAGUUCUGUUCUGCUCGUCUAUGAUCGUGAAACCCGUUUACUAUUGUAUUUUGGUUCGACAGAAUGGGUUUCGUACAAAUUCGCUCAUAUAGAACCAUGAUAAAAAUUCUAAAUAAAAGAGGUAUUUCUGUAAAUUUUCCAUCGGUCGUGAAGGUGCCUCAUGUGUCUUUGCAGGCUCCUGUGAGCGCUCUAGUUCAUUCUGUGAACGCGAUCAAGACGACACACGACGAUUUGUGCGUGCAGACGCAGCAGCUGAUCGCCUUCCGCGAAGAGCUCCGACGCUACGACGACCCCAACAAAAGUGCGCCCAUCCUACAUUCGGCCAUCAACCAAGGCUUCUACUCUACAAGGUGUCAUUUUCCGUUUGGAAAAUGUUUACCUUUUUAUAUUGUAGCAAAACUUGUUUUGGAUGUAUGUGCGCCAGCACUCUGCAUUCGAUAGCCCUGUUGCAAGCUGCAGCUGACGAUCCCUUGGCCGCGUACAAUUUGCUCCAGUGUCCCACGCUCUUCGACCUCAUCGUUUCUUUCAAAUCGAGAUUUGUAUGAAAAAUGGUAUAUCUUAGACCGAUUUGGGAAACAAGUACGAACCGCUCCGCGACGAGGUUCAUUUGCUGUUCAGUCGAUUGUCCAGGGAAAACAUCUAUGCAGUGAAAAAGUUUGUUAUUUUUUUAGUGUGUUAUUUGUCGUUUUUCUUGAAGCGUAGAAAAAAAUUUUUAGCUUUUACUAGGAAAAAUUUAAAAGCUUUCAUGUUUUAUCGAUUAAAAAUAGCAAUGUCAAUGGAUAAGCAAAAUUUCAUUGAUUCAGGCUAGAGACCUUGAUCGAGUACGGAAAAGUGGAUGUCUCCUUAUUCGCCAAAACUCUCAUCACUUCCCCCGAUUCAUUGUGGCAACAUAAGCUCAAGUUUCUGGUCAAGGUUUUGAAAGUCGAUAGACUGGGAAAGAGAGUUCUUUGAAGUAUGCAAUGGAAAGACCGAGCGAUCCAAACGCCAUGGUGCUCGCCCUGGCCGUACUGAACCGUUAUCUCGAAAUUUCGAGGCCCAUGCGUCAAAGAGCUUACCGGAGAUACGCCAGCCGACGGCAGGACACUUAUUCCCACGGAGGAAAGGUUUCUGACAACAGUCCUAUUUUUCAUAUAAUUCCCGUUCCAGAAGAAAGGAGGUCGUCAGAUCUAUUUGAGAAAUUCGUAUCUUCCGAGUGCCGACGUCGUCGUACAUUGGCUGGAAACUGAUGAGGAAUGGAGCAACUGUAUCGCGUCGAGUUCCGACAGCGAGAGCUCCCAUGGCCUCGCCGCUUCAUUUACAGUAACUCGUUCACUAUUUUGAUCUCCAUUUUGGGUGUUUCUCGAACAUAACUAGAGCUCAAAAGGUUUGAGAAAUCACAAUCUUGACUAUGAGAAACGGCGUUCCGUUUAUCACAGUAGUUCAUGUAACUCCGUGAAAAAAAAUUCGAAAAAAAGUUCAUGAAUAAAUUAAGGGCCUUCAGGAAAAAUUAAGAUCACUAAAUGAAGUAUCAGUACUUGUAUAUUGGAGAAGUCAUAUGGUUGAAAAUUUGAAAAAUGUUUGUCUGGGAAAAUCUUUUUUUGAUGGCUUGAAUCGAAAAAGCCCUGUACAAAAAAGUUUUGAAAUGAGAAUAAAAUAUCCCAAUACAAUACCAUCAGAAAGAUAUUAAAAACGCGACUUUGGUCACAACUUUCUUGUGGAGUUCAAUCUUCAUGAUAGUUUCUGAAGCAGCGUUUUUUUUUGUAUACUGAACUUCCAUCAGAGUGUUAAAUAACUGUCAUUAUAGUCUGUGUGCCAAGACUUGAAAUUUCACCGAACGACAUUCCGCUGUUUUGCUGCGUGCGUUCGCGAAGCGUCUUUCCAAUUUAGGUCAAGCUUUCAAUUGAUUUUUAUCGCUGUGAGAGCACAUGAAAGUAGAGUACCUUGAUAAAAGAAAAAAAAAAAUUAAAAGCGCAGCGGCUUAGCGGAAUGUCGUUCGGGGAAACUCCAAGUCGUGGUACAUAGGCUAUACAACUCCAGAAAGUUUUAGAAGCAUUGAAAUUGUUACAAGAAAGUUGUGACCGAAACUCCGUUUUUUAAUACCUUUUGUGACGGUACUGUAAGUAUUCAUAUAAAAUUUGACCACCCUUUUUUGAACAGUUUCAUUGUAAAAAAAAAGCCAUGUGAACAAAAACAAAAGAGCAAGGUUCAGGUUUUUAAAGUGUGUGAACUUUCUCAGAGACAAAGUCAAUGGAUCGCAAAAUGUCUGUUCUCGCCGUACAGCGUCGUGCGCGCAUCGGCCAAUCGGUUGCUCGUCAGUCUUUCGAGGCAACCUGUGAGAAAAUAACUAUUUUGUUCUUCUUCAAAGCAGAGAUUCUCAGGGGCAUGAAGGCGUAGCCAUCCGGUUGAUUGUGAACUGCCUGCGGAAAAUGGGAUCGAAGUCUUCGACGGUCGUCGAGCAGUUCAUGCACUCGGUCCACACGGUCCUCUCGACGUCGGCCAACACCAAAGCUCGCCUUUUCGUCGAAAGAUUCCACAUCUGGCUCAUCAAAGCUGUCCAUUCUGUAAUCUUUCUACUAACUUCCCCAGGACCUCGUGUUCAUUUUAGGAAAGCAAAUUGAUCCACCGUAAGGAGAAAGAUGAGUCUACAAUGGAUCAUUCUUUUGGAUCAAGGCUUCGCAACUACGUCGGUAUGUUUGUUUUAGAUUUUUCUUUUCUGAUUUUUUUGUUCCAGAACUGUUGUCCCUUCUUUUUUCGGGUUCAUGUGUCGAGAAUAUUCUUUUGAAAGCGGCGGGCGACGAUAUAUUGGAAUUGCUACUGGACUCGACGAUAUAUUUGAAAAGGCAAGAAGACCACAAAUGAGAAGAGGGACUUUAUGAAAAACCGAUAGUAAAAAAAGGAGAUAAAAUAUUUUUUUAUUGUUAUUUUCGCUCUAUCUAACUCUUUACAGUAUAUGCUUCCGAUUAGAAUACGUUCUCCGAUCCGAAAAAAUCUGGAUGUUUUAAACUCACUAGGGAACGUUUUUUACCCUUCGGUUGAACUUUUGCUGAGCUUAAGUGGUGCUUUUUUGUCGUAAUUUGCGUAUUUCGCGGACUUUGAAGCUCCGUAACUCGGAACCAAGAUCUAUUGCGACAAAUUUUUUUUCUUGAUCUGCAAUUUUCUUGAUCUGCAAAAGGUCCCUGGUCAGCUGAUAGGUCACCACGGGUUUCGAUAGUCACCGUUUCUAAAAAGAACGGAUUUGUGUGAAAAGUAAUGUUAAAGAUUUUCCAAGGCUGUUCAUUUUCGGAUAAAAGUUUUAAUGCGAAAAAGAGUCGAAAAUCGGAGUUUUUACAGAAUGAUCGUACGACGGACGCGAGCCGUUGACGCAUCGCGACUUGCCCUCGAGAAGCUCCUUCGACGCGUGAGCUGGCGCGACAGUCGAAAUUUGAUGCAAGCCGCCACAAACUCGCUCAUUUCCAUCAAUGACAUGAGCACACAGGUUCCAAUGCGCUCAAGAAAUUUGUAUAUAUGUUCUGCCCAGGCUCAUGUUGUUUCUCUGAUGCUCGAAGUGAUGGACCCACAGCAGAAGGAGGAAGAAGAUUUCCUUAUACAGAUUGAGAAGGACCCGGCGCAGGAAGACUUUCUACAGGGAAGAAUGACUGGGAACCCUUAUAAGGUUAGAUUCAUUCAAAAAUGAAAAACAUGGUUUGAACGGAUAUAGUCGAGCGAUUCCGGGAUGGGGCCCUUGAUGCGAGAUAUCAAGAACAAAAUUUGUCGCGACACGGAGAUGAUCGCGCUGCUUGACGACGACAACGGAAUGGAGGUAGCCAGUAGAGUGAUUCAUUGACUAAAGCUCGUUUGUUGAAGUUGUUGGUGAACAACAUGAUCAUAUCGCUGUCUCUAUCGACGCGGGCAGUCUAUGAAAAAAUUUGGCGACGAGCCCAUCCUGGACAUCCGAUGAUCGUUAUCUAUCGGAUGCGUGGAUUGUUGGGCGACGCCGUCGAGACGUUUGUUUCCUCUCUUGGCGAAGUCUGUGGCGGUUUGUAAUCAUCGUUUUUUUGUGUUGUACCUCAGAAGAUUUCCAGAAGACGGCGAUGAAGACGAGGCUUUGGCAAAAAUCACCAAAUGUCUGAUUGAUUCUGGAGGCAUGAAGAAAAUCUUGUCCUUAUUGCGAGAUGCAGACAUGUCCAACGCUGGAAGGUUUCAGAAAUUUUCAUAUCAAGAUUUUUGGAAAUUUCACGCCGGUUCUCUUUCACAGUUCCGCAUAAAGAAACUUGUUUCAAGAAUACUUAGGAACUCCAAAGUGGUCCCUAUAGGAGCAGGCCCUUGGAGAAUCUUUCUAGGGACCACUUUACCAACCCUAAAGCUUGCAAAAGUGGCCCUUCUAGGGGUUUGUAAAGUGGUCACUAUAGGGGACUGGCUAGUCGAUAGUUUUUAUGAACUCUAAGCGAAGAAACAUUUCCAUGAGAAAAAUUGAAUAAAUAAGCUUUUUUUGAAUGAUUUCGGAGAUUAAAUCUCUAUAGUGACAACUUCUUAGACCCCUAUAGGGGUUGUCUUUCCGCUUUGACCCCUAUAGGGACCACUCUGGAAUUAUGUAUUACUAAAUCAAACUUUUUAAAAAUUAUCAGUAUUUUUUUUUCGCCCUCUCAAAAUUAUUAAUGCAGAUUUCUCGGGUAUUUCUCAAGAUUAAAAAAACAUCUUCAGAUCCCUUCUGGCACAGCUUCGCCGUUUGCUGGAGCGUGUCGUGAAAACGUCGGCAGGUCGCAGGGCGCUAGUUGAGAACAACGCUGUCGGAGUGAUGAUCCGAAUCCUGCGAAUGUGCGCCUUGGAAUUGGCCGAAGAAAAAACGAUGAUGUUGGGGCUCGAGUACUUCCGAAUAGUGGAAACAGUCGUCAGCGAUGCUAGCCUUCAUGAAGUUUCUUUCCUUCCUGAUCAUUUUAUUUUGAACUUCGAUUCCAGCGUUUGACCGGUGUCACUGAAGACGAUGCGAAUUGGAUGUUUUCCACGUUGAGAUCACGAAAAACGGAAGAAAACAAAGGUUUUUUGCAAGUUUCGUAUGCGAAUGACUUUUCGCGCUUGAAGAGGAAAGUGUUCUCCGAACGGAUGAACGCCGGAUCCAUCAGAUGUUGACGGAGACGAUUGCACGCUGCUCGGGUAAUGUCGUCAUCGGUUGCGCACAGUCCGAAGAUGUCUUCGUUUCCGAGUUGGUGAAGUCCUUGCAAUGGGAAAGGAUCGACAAUAUGGAGUAGGAAGUUCCAAGGAGCGUUAAUUGAAUAAUUGUAAACAGUAAUAUAACUGCGCGAGAGGAGCUAAUUUGGCUGGCUGAACAACUGGCCAGCAUCACUUGGCAUAUCUUGCCUUCGCCGCAAGGAGCUUCCGUCAAAGACAAGAUUCUAGCCAGUGGAAUCGUUCAGAAGGUUCUAUCUGAUGCUCCCAUGAAAAUAAUCAAUUUAAAUAGACCUGCGAUUACUUGACCUCCAGUCAUCCCUCUUUAUAUUCUGCGACAGAGUCUACGGAGUGGAAAUCUUUUCUGAACAAGCCAUCUCUCAGACUGGUUCGCUGUUUCUAACCUAUCCUUCCUGACAACUUUUCUUUUUCCGAUUCUCUCUUUCCUGCGAGGUCUGGUUCGUGGCAACGAGGCGAAUCAGAUGGCCGUGGCGACGUCCGCCUUGCCCAUCCUUCACAGACUCGAGCACGUUGCCAGUGAAGAUUCUAUCGGCACACUUGCGGAGAACGUCAUUGAAGCUCUCAAAGAAAACGCUGAAGUCUGUUAUUUCUUUCAAAUUCCCAGCUCAAUCGAUGAUUCAGGUCGCCAAACAGAUUGAAGCUGUGAGGCUAGAAACGAAAAAGAAGAAACGGCAAUUGGCGAUGGCCAUGCGAAACAAACAAUUGACGAAGAUGGGAAUGGUGAUGGGCAAAAGCGGAGAAGUCAAGGUGGGUUCAAUGUACUCUUAAUAAACAAAAUACGGUGAAAUUUCGGUGGAAUAUCUGAAAAAUUAAGGAACAUGUUGACUUGAUUCCACCAGGAAAAUCACGAUGGUAGAAAGGAAUGCACACAUGAAGUUCCGUUUUGCGGCCUUUAUUGAGCCUUUCUUUCUUCGUGCACUAAAAAGCCUUAAAAAAAGGGUGCAAAAAGAGUGCUGAAAGUCUUGGCCGUUGAUGAGUUCCGAUUUUAUCACUGUAGCACAUUUUGGUUCAUACUGGUAAAGAUUAUUCUCAAUUAAAAAUUUUUUUGUUUCUCUAAAGGGUCCAAAAAGGGUGGAUGAAGGCCGAUGAAAGGACGGAAACAGGCAGUAAAAAGGAAACCGUUGCCACCCAUUUAUGAACAAUUAAAACAUAACGGACUCUCAAAGGGUCCUUCCGACUUUGCCUAUAUAAAGUUGGCGAUUGAAGUGGUGUUAUGGUUCUGACAGGAUCAUGAUUUCACCAGUUUCCUUUCAGAUCUCCUCACGAAAGUUGAAUGAGCCCCCACUGGAAGAAGACUGCGACCUGCUCACCGUCUGCUGCAUUUGUCGCGAGUCUGUAUUCUCUGGAGUUCGAACGGCCGCCGUGUAAGUGAAGAAACGAAAGACAAGUAAGGAACGAGGAAGCAGGUACGCGUUUGCUCUACCUUCGGAGAGUGACAUUGCGGCUGGCGGCAUCUACACGACCGUCAGUCAGAUGGUUAUGGUCCACAAUGAAUGCCACAACAACGCGAUCCGGCGCCCCGGCGGACGAAACGUCGACGAGUGGUCCAAAGUAAAAGAUCAAGAAAAAAACGUUUCACUCUGCAAGUCUUCUCAGGCGAUGCUGCACAACGCAGGCGCCAAGUGCAAUGUUUUGACCCCGAUUGUUCUGGGAAAGUCGAGUGAGGAAGACACGCAUGUGUCCAUUGAGAGGUGGGUGAUACAGAAACAAAAAAAGGAAAAAAACAUCUUUUUUUUUUUUAAAUUUGUGAGAAAAUUUAAUUUUCAUCGCUCGUUCUUUUAAAACCAUCUUUUAGUCGUGGCUAAAAAAAAAGAAUUUUUUAAGUCGUGAAAAAAUAGAUCAUUUUUUGACAAAAAAUGGCUGGAGACUUAAGGUUCCGAGGUGACAUCGAACAUAUAAUCCACUUGCCCCAGGGACUGAAUCGUCAAGCAGUCUUUAUGGACAUGUGCCAACUUGUCGACCGUUUCAUUUACCAGCGGUAUUUAGCGCCUCCAUCUUUGGUCAAUCCGUUCGUUCAGUUCGUUUUCGGAUAAAUCGCAGGGCGGCGGCAGAGAGUCCAACAUGCAGUACUUGGGAGUCCUGCACCUUUUGGCGCUCUCCUUGCCCGCCGAGCCGGACAUCCAUGCGGUGGAGCCUCGUCACCGGCUCGUCUCCUUCCUAUUCACCGAGCUCACGCUCCAAGGCUGGAACGAACAAAAACACGACGUAGCUCUGUCUUUGUAAAUUUUGUUGUUUCAAAAUGCUUUCUAGUACCUGAGAGCCGCCUUGGACGACGCCCAAACUCAAGGUGGUGGCAAUGGCUGGGAUCAUGUGAAGCCAGUUUUCUUCGCCUGGGCUUUCAUCGAUAACUACUUCAAUCACGUUAUUCCGGUAUCUCUUUGAAAUAAAACAUGUCUUUCAACAUUGGCUGAGGUUAAGAUAGUGGGAGACGAAAGAACUCAAUGGUUGCGGGAAAACCUCAAAUCGACCUUCACACGAACUUUGACAUUCGUCCAGAACUAUGACGAUACAGUCAUAAAAUGCACCGACUUCCGUUCGUUUUGUGAUGUCACAGGUUUUCAAAUUGUUUCGCAAAAACUCCACUUUUGUUUUCAGGCCUAUCAAGCGACUCAUACGAACCUUUUGUGAGCAGUUGA